UCCACUCCAUUCCUCUCUCUUCUAUCUUCUCUCUUCUUCUCUCUGUCUUCUUUAUUCUUAUUGGAGAUGGAUCGCCGGGCCAUUCUGUACGUCGCUCUCCUGUGCAUCGCGGCCUCCAACGCCGCUGCCCAGGCCCCCUCCACCUCCCCAACCACCACCCCAAUCUCCGCCGGCACCCCCACAACUGCCCCCACCAACCCCACGACCCCCGCCCCAGCAGCCGCUCCCACCACCGCCGCCGUCCCCGCCACAGCCCCCACCACCCCUCCGCCCACCGUCUCUGCCCCUCCAACCGCCGCCCCCGCCAAGGCCCCGGCUAAGGCUCCGGCCCAGGCCCCCACCACGGCUCCCCCUACCAAAGUUCCACCGACCCCCGCCCCGGUCUCAUCCCCGCUGGCGCCUGUUCCGGUGAAGUCACCGCCCACGCCUCCGCCAACUUUGCCUCCACCGACUUUGUCUCCACCCAUGCCGGCUCCGGCAUCUCCUCCCGUCGUUUCCGCCACCCCGGUCCCCGCCGUCGCCCCACCGCAGCCCUCGGAGGUUCCCUCCCCGGCGCCUAGCAAGAAGUCCAAGUCGAAGAAGAAGAAGAAGAGCGCCGCCCCGGCCCCGGCUCCAGCGGCCUCCAGUAAUCUAGCCCCUCUGGCCUCCUCGCCGGUGGGCAGCGUCGCCGCCUCCCCCGCGCCCAGCGUCGCCGCCAAUAACGAAACGAGUGGUGCUGGGACAGUGAGACAGAUGCUGGGAGGUCUGAUCACGGGAGGGGCACUGCUGGCCUUUGUCAUGUUUGCCUGGAUCUGAAGCCAUGGUAUAAAUAUAAUCUUCCUGUCUUCCUUGUAAUUUUUUUUUCCUGCACUCACAUUCUUUUUUAUCUUCUUUAUGUUUGUGGUGGUCCAUCUUUUAUUCUCUCGCCUGAUUGGUGGGCCAGGCUGGUUCUAGUCGCACAUGCACUUUGAUUCUUUUCUUUUGUGAGGCGAGACUUGUAUUUGAGAUGAUUUAUUUCAUUUGUUGAUGAAUAACGUGGAUGCAUCCAGUUCAUAUA